UUUGCUCUGUGCUUCCUCUUUUCGUUUGAGACUGAAUCGACGAGAACAUCCAAAAUGGUCAACGUUCCGAAGCAGCGCCGCACAUACUGCAAAAAGUGCAAGGUUCACCGCGUACACAAGGUGACGCAGUACAAGAAAUCGAAGGAACGAAAGGCGUCCCAGGGUCGUCGUCGUUACGAUCGUAAACAGCAAGGUUUCGGUGGUCAAACGAAGCCCAUCUUCAGGAAGAAGGCCAAGACCACCAAGAAAAUUGUGCUGCGUAUGGAGUGCGUCGAUUGCAAGUACCGCAAACAGACCCCGUUGAAGCGCUGCAAACAUUUCGAGCUCGGCGGCGACAAGAAGCGCAAGGGACAGAUGAUUCAGUUCUAGGCUUUUGUUUUGAUUGUUUCAAGAACGCUGGGAAUCGACAUUGUGAAUAAAAGAACGUCAAACGCCGGAUGUACUCGAUGCCAACGUGGGCUACCAUAUAACGGAAGCAGUUGGCAUGUGUUCGGUCUGCGUUUGCUCAUGAUGUGAAAAAAA